AUGACCGAGGGCGAGCCACCACCCAGAACUUCAACAUCUUCUUCACCAAUUCCAUCCACAUCCACAUGUCCGAUUACUGUUACGUGCGAUUCGGAAUCAGAUGAUUCCACGUGUCCCUCAUCAAUCUCAUCACAAAUUUCUUCAUUUUUAACACUCGAUUUCGAUAAACUCUCACUAGAUUCCGAUCUUUGCGAAGGUCGAUACGAUCAGAAUCGUCGGACCCCAGGCCCGCAAUCACCGACUUGGAUUACUCAUAAUAUGCCACCUAUAGCUGAAAAUGCUCAAUUUUAUCGCUCGACAUCGCAGAAGUACGGCAGGUUUUCACCGUACGAAGUACCCAUCAAAUUACGACGCCGUCGGAAGACACAGAAUAUAUCAAAAACGAAGCCAACAGAUAUCGAGAUUUUGCUGAAAAUCAAGUUAAAAGGAGACGUCGAACCACUCCGAAUGUGCAUAUUUGAUAAAGAACAAAUAUUGCCAAAACCAUGUAGUGUCCAAGCAGCUCGUCCUCCAUCGCCUGUCACGGAAACGGAGGAAGUCGAUGAACUUUCAGAAUACUUUACUCAUUUUGUUCGUGUUGAGCUCAAAAUGUCAUCUUUGGCCGAAUCGAUGUACGUCUGA